AUGAAGUUAUUUAUUAUUUUGACUCUUUGCGCCCUCGCAGCUGCGAAACCAUGGGAGCUUACAGUCCUAAAUGAUGCACCUGAAGAGCCCCCACAGCUUGAGUCCCUCCACACUCCACAACUGCCACAGACCGUAGAAGAGCUGGUUGCAGAACUCUUGAAGUUCAUUUACAAUGUAGUGGAGAAUGGCUGGCCAAUUUUCAAUCUUCCCCCUCUUGAGCCUUUGGUCCUAGAAUACUUCGAACUACCUAUUAAUGCUGGAAUUAUUAACGUCGAACUCAAGUUGAAAGAUGCCAUCGCCUUUGGUUUUGGAAACCUGAUUGUACACAAAAUCGAUCUCAACGUCGAUGACCUUACUUUGGAUAUCGAUAUUGGUCUACCCACACUUGAUAUUACUGCUGAAAACUACGAGUUGGUUGGAGAUUUCUUUGGUGCUCUUCCUCUUUUCGGAAACGGCAGAGCUGAAUUCGAAGUUGAAGGAUUCCGCUUCCGUGCCAAACUGUUUUUGGAGCAACACGAGAACAAAAAAUCAGUAGUCAUUAAUAGAGUUGAAAAUGCUGCCUUUACUAUUCCACACCUAAAAUCCAACCUCUCUGGAGUUAUCGGUGGUGGCAGCAUCGACGCUGUUAUCAACAGGCUGAUUGAGGAAGUUAUCAUUGGAUACGUCAACAGGUUCCAUGGCGCUAUUUCUAUUGUUACUUCAACCAUUUCAACUACUCUAGGAAACGAUAAUUUGAAAAAGCUCGAUACUUGGAAAUAUAUUGAAGCUGUACGUUCUUAAAUAAUACCUGCCUACUGUACAAAAUUUAAUAAAAAUGAAAGAUGACUAUCUAAUAAAUAUGAAAAAUAAUUUUAUUCAGUAUAUUAUUGUUUCCUUUAAAAUACAUCAUCUAUGAUCAAUUCUCGCACCUGGCGAUUAUCUUAUAUAACAUGGUAUAUUGUAAGUACACAGUCGAAUA